CACCUUGCAUUGCACACUGAAGUUACUGUCCCACAGCUCUGGAUUCUUUUUUUCUUGCCAAGAAAUGAAAGAGUGGCAUCAGACCUUUUUGCUGUAGUGGAAAGUUUUCCCCCUCUGAUAUCCACAUCAGUAGAAUCAAGAAGAGGAUUUGAUUUUUCUUAAUUUUCUAAGGAUGGGACUCUACCAAAGCUUACCCUAAGUUCUUUAAUAUAUUUCAACUUUUCUGGAGGAGUUUUAUUUUUCGGGAGUACAAAUAUCUCUUUCAUAGAGGAUUUAAUCAUAUUCUAACUUUUAUGUAGUGUGAAAGAAUUUGAGUAGCCAACCAUGCUGCUUGGUUUACAGCCCAUCACUAUAAUUUAUUUAACCAGUGAAGAAGUCACCCUUCUAGCAGGAAUCUCUCCAUAGCAUUCAGUUCUGAGAAUACUUUUUUUUUUAAACACUUAUGGACAGUGAUUGUAUUUCAUUUGCUCAGAGAUGGCUCUCAGAGAAGAACAUGAACAAAUAUACACUUUUCAAAUUAUUUGAUAGAACUUUGCAAUGUAAGACAUGGGCUGAGCUCUUACAUUUACAUUGCAUUUUUGUAAUUUAGCACUCUUAAAUUGUAGUUGUAUUUCUUUUUCACUAUUAUUUGGGUUAUUUUUUUAACGUGUUAGAAGUUUUUAAAACAUACAUUCUCUGUUAAAGUUUACAUUCUGGGAGUUGCUAAAACAUUCGCCAGUGCGCAUUGGAUUCCACACAGGUCCUCAGUGCGCAUUUGGACUGCACCGGACAGACACAGACUGAAAGAUUCCUGAAGAUUUCAUAUGGAGCCGAGUGAGCCCGUUCACCAAUCUGACCACCGGACUAUGUGGCUCACCCACCUCGCCCUGCUGCUGCUCCGGCUGGCGGUGUCCGCGGAGGGGCUCUCCACCUGUCAGUCAUUUAGCCUGGAUGAUCAGAAGUCCAAGCGCAUCGAGGCCGUUCGCGGUCAGAUCCUCAGCAAGCUCCGCUACCGUAGCCCACCGGAGCCCCCAGCACCGAGCCCACAGCCAGAGGCUGUGCCCGCCGAGGUGAUGCUGCUUUACAACAGCACUCGGGAGCUGCUGAAGGAGCGUGCGCGCCAGGCCGAGUCCGCGUGCGACCGGGAGAGCAGCGAGGAGGAUUAUUAUGCAAAAGAGGUUCAGCGCAUUGACAUGCUUCCGCAGCGCACAGACAUCAGUGAGUGGAGCCUUCCACAAUUAUAAUUUCAAUAUAUGUCGCAAAUCAAUCGUGGUCCCUUUUUAUGUCAGUGAUUUAUUGAAAAAAACGUUGUACAGUACUAUAACGCAUGCGUAAUGGUCUCCAACCACCAGCGUUGGAGAGUAUCACGUACAUCUAAUCUGAUUACAAAUUGUUUUUUUGUUUUGUUUUUUUACAGAUACUUUUGAAAAACUACAUGAUUACUUGUUGGAUUACUUUUAAAUUCAGAAAGGAUGUUCGCGGAAAAAAAUACAUCAUGACACCUAUUUGUUUUCUCAAUGACGUUCAAUUCAGCGAGUCUGACCACAAGUCAGGGACCACUAUGAUGAUACACUAAAUGCUUUUGAUGGAUCCUUUUUGUCUUCUUCUAAUGCCUCUUAAGGGGAAAGUAAUCCAAAAGUAACUUAAAGUAAUCCGAUUGUGUUACUGAGUUUGGGUUAUCCAAAAGUUACAUUACUGAUUACAAUUUUGGACAGGUAGUAACUGUACCGGAUUACAUGUAGAAAGUAGCCAAUUCAACCCUGCCAACCACCUUGCCAAGUUGUCAGCCAUUUGUCAGAUACCUCUAUGACUUAGGAUAUGUGUGUGAGACGCUCUGAUAGGCUAUACAAUAUUUUACAUAUACUGUAGAUUGCAUAUUUAUGAAUUAAUUGAUAUCCAGUUAUUAGACUUUCUAAAAAGUCGUAUAUCUCUUACCACUCCCAUAGAUGCAGUGAACCCUCCAGUCCCCAGCCCAUAUUACAGAGUGGUGGGGUUCGAUGUGAGUGGUGUGGACAGGAACUCCAGCACCCUGGUUAAAGCUGAGUUCAGAAUCUACAGAGCACCCAACCCCCAGGCCCGCACCUCAGAGCAGAGAGUAGAGAUCUAUCAGGUACUGAUAACAUUACACUAUCGCUUACCUGCACCAGGUACACCCAUCACAAUACCAUAUACCCACUCCAGGUAUCACAAUAUCACAGAACUGCAACCAAGUAGAUACAGUGGGGUCUGAAAUUAUUGACAAGCUUCAUAAAAAUGAGCAAUAAUGAUUGUAUAAAAUAAAUAAUGAAAAUACUGAGCUAAAUUGUAUGCAAAAAAAGGGGAAAUUAUAUUAUUUUAUACUAAUAAUAGUUGCUCAGUGAAAGAGAUUUUGUUUAACACAUAAUCAUUUGUUUCUCUCAAAAAGGUAGGGGUUGAACUCAUUGACACCUCCACAAAUUCUUAUAAAUAAAGUAGUCAAAAGUUUAGUAUUUGGUCCCAUAUUCCUAGCAUGCAAUGACUACAUCAAGUUUGGACGCAUUUGCAGUUCAGUUUGGUUGUGUUUCAGAUUAUUUUGUGCCCAAUAAAAAUGAAUGGUAAAUAAUGUAGUGUCAUUUUGGAGUCACUUUCAUUGUAAACUCUCCCUUGUACCAGCUGUGAACUGAUGUUCAAGAGCAUAUCUACAGAGGGUUAAAAGCUAUAUUUUGGUUCUCUUUGGUUCUCCCUCUAUGUCUCUGUCAGGUGAUAAAGCCAGAAAAGUCAACAGGCCCUUCGCAGAGAUACAUCGAUUCCAGAACUGUUCGCCCACGGACCAAGGGGGCGUGGCUCUCUGUGGAUGUCACUGACACUGUGAGGGAUUGGCUGGCUCAUAGGGGUAAGUUGACAAGCACAUCACAUGGCUCUAUACCCCUUUAUCUACUUAACAACAUUUUAGGUGAUUUUGGGGUCAUACGUUAUGUUACAGUGGUCAUUGCAGACAAUUUAGAGGUAUAUAUUGGGGCGCAGCAGUCUAAGGCACUGCAUCUCAGUGCUUGAGGCAUCACUACAGACCCCCUGGUUCGAUUCCAGGCUGUAUCACAACCGGCCAUGAUUGGGAGUCCCAUAGGGCGGCGCACAAUUGGCCCAGCGUCGUCCUGGUUUGGCCGGUGUAGGCCGUCAUUGUAAAUAAGAAUUUGUUCUUAAACUGACUUGCCUAGUUAAAUAAAGGUUAAAUAAAAAAAUAAAAAAUAUUUGUUUUCUCCUCUCUCUUUGUCCACCUCUCACCAUCUCUCUACCCCUACUCCAUCCUCCAUAUCUCUCUUUCAGAGAGGAACCUGGGUUUGAAGCUGGGUGUUCACUGUCCCUGCUGCACCUUUGUUCCCUCCACCAACAGCAUCGUGUUCAAUAAGAGCGAGGAGUUGGAGGCGCGCUUCGCAGGUCUGCUUGUUGUAACAUAGACAUAGACACAUAACAUAUGGCUCUUUUUAUUUAUUUUUUAAAUGAUUGAGCUUCUCAACUCACUUACACACAGCAUUCUGGUUGAGAAAUGUUCCCAUUAUGUGUCUCAAUGAGAUCACUCAAUUUUCCCACUCACAGCGAAAACACACCAACCCUUUCUCUCCUUCCCCACUCUCCCCCACUUCUUCUUCUCCCUCCCCUGUCCCUACUCUUCUUCCUCCAUAUCAUACUCCCCCUCUCCUCCUCCUCCUCCCCCUCCUCCUCCUCUUCCCCAGGUCUGGAUGAUGAGCUGCUUCAGCAGCAGGUGCGGAAGCCGGGGUCAGGGCUGGCUAAGGGCCAGGUAGAGUUUAGUACCAAGACCCCCCAUCUCAUCCUCACCCUGCUGCCAAGCGACAGGGUAGACAACCCGGGCAAGAAGAUCCGCAAGAGGAGGGCCGCCGCAGACACCACCACCUGCUCCAGGUAGGGGAAGCACCUCUGAUCCAGAAACCAAAAACCUACAUUGUUAUCUACAACCAUAGAAGACACUUAUCAGAGGAUUCUCUUUAUUUUGGUCUUUGAUAUACAGAACUACACACAUUUGUUCACAUUAUUGAUGAUCGUUGUAUUGUUGUUAUUAAUCUAUUGGAGGCUUAUAGGGAGUCUGCUAGGCUUAUAGUCCUGAAACUGAUUAAGUAGGAUAUAUCCUGUGCCUGUGUGGAUCAGAAUGAGAGAGUGUUUUCUGUCCAUCUCUCCUACCUGUUGUAGGAACUCAGACGCGGGCUGCUGUCUGCGAUCGCUCUACAUCGACUUCCGCCGGGACCUGAACUGGAAGUGGAUCCACGAGCCGAAGGGCUACAAGGCCAAUUUCUGCUCUGGCAGCUGCCCAUACCUCUGGAGCGCUGACAACCACUACAACAUGGUUAGUUAACCCUCAACCACUACAGUAGCAUAAAUGUGCUAUCACCUCAGUCACAGUCAGGUCUUAUGGCUUAAUUGCCACACACUCACCUUUACAGCAUGGCUCUACGAGUAGCUGAAAUGUCUUGUCAUCUCAGUACCCUGCACAGUCUGUUGGUUACACGUCACAGUGAUCCCGCAGAACCAUAUUGUUCAACACAGUAGUAGGGUUAGAUGUAAGUACUUAAAGGGAAAGUUCGACCAAAAUGACAUUAGUUUCCUUACCCUGUAAGCAGUCGGUGGAUAUGUGGUGGUGUGACAGUAUUAUGUGAUGUACUGUUUUCUUUUGUUUUAUGUGUAAUAUAAGGGUGUUACUGUGUUUGGACCCCAGGAAGAGUAGCUGCUGCCUUGGCAGCAACUAAUGGGGAUCCUUAAUAAAUACAAAUAUGGACAAGUUAUGACAGUAUUCCAUGCUUUGGUUUAGUUUCCCUGGUACUGUUUCCACAUGCUGUUUUAGCAUUUGUGGCACAAAUCCCAUUCAAGUCACACAACCGAUAUUAUCAUUUUUCGCGCAUCACGUUCAAAUCAUCUAUAAGUGACUUUGUUGAGCUUCACAGUCAAUUUUAGAUACUUUCGGAUGGUUUGGACAUGACGUGCGAAAAAUUCCAAUAUCGGUCCCAUGACUUGAAUGGGAUUUGAGCCACAAAUGUAAACAGUGCCAGGGAAACUAAACCAAAGCAUGGAUUGCUUUCAUAUCUGGUCCACUGACUGCUUACAGGGUAAGGAAACCAAUGUAUCAUUUUGUAAUUUGGGUGAACUCUCUCUUUAAGUAAUGUUUUCAUUGUUGUUGUGGUAUUUCAUGUGGUACUUUCUCUCGCCCUCUCUCUCACACAAACACACAGAUCCUGCCGCUGUAUAACAAGCUGAACCCUGAGGCGUCUGCCUCUCCAUGCUGCGUACCUCAGGACCUGGAGCCUCUGACCAUUGUUUACUUCAUGGGCCGAACGCCCAAGGUAGAGCAGCUCUCAAACAUGGUGGUCAAGUCCUGCAAGUGCCGCUGACACAGGAGCCCAGCGGAAGGAGAGGGGGAAGGUGGAAGAAAAGAGCUGGACAAAAGGAAGGAGGGGUUUGACCAAAACAACAACAAAACUUGUGGUCCUUAAGCAAAAAGGACAGACUGACCCUCUCUCUAUAUAUUCAACCCUGCAUUUCACUAUGACACAUUUUACACAUUCAGUCUGGCACAGGUUGUAUUUUUUAAAUUUCACAAGCAUGAAACUGAGAAAUCGUCUUCAGCUGUGGGUCUUUUCCCCACUUUCAUAAGGUCAAAAAUACUGUAAAUAUCUUAUUCAUUGAAAGCUUUAUUAAAACUUUAUUCACAUUUUCAAAAUCUGAUAUUAAAGUGUUUUGAUUGGAAAUACAA